GGUCAUUUGAUAUUGAAUGUCCCCGUAGCAUUCAAAAUGAUGAAGAGCGCCUAUGAUCACAUGGUUCAGCUAAAAGCGGGGCCCCAACUAUGAAUUAUCCCUAAAUUGCAGUAAACAAAGACAACAUUUGACUUGAGACUUCUUCAGAUUUUAAGAGUAAUCUCUCUGUAAAGAAAGACUGACUUUAGAAGUCUUUGGUAAACGGUAACAAGUGUGAAGUGAAUAUAUAGCGCAUCGGGCUGGUGGGUUGGGUGCUACUCCAAAAAUUUUUCCCUAAAAUAAAUGUGGAUAAAAAUAAGUUUUUUACUGUUUUAGGUGGACAAAAGUAAUUCUGUCGGAAUUUACCAAAUACGUUCUACUCAUUUUGUAUUAAAUUCAGAUUUGACAAAUCCAAAUCUACUUAUCGUGUGAGAGUUCUAUUUUUCAGAAAAAUAAGAAGAUUCGAAUUUGCCUAAUCCGAUUGUUUUUAGUUACGGAUUUGGUAAAUUCGUCAUGAUUAAAUUUGUCUACACUCUCUAAAAAAAUAUAUGUUUAUCCAGCUACUUCCAUUAAAGUCAUAUUUUGGUAAAAACGUCUUCACGGGGGUAAUUAAGUGCCAAUAUGGGAUGCUGACCUUUGAUUCAAAGGAACAAAAAUACUCCCUUUUUCCUAAACGAUUAUGUUGUUUGUAAUUAUAAUUAAAUAUUCCCUCUCUUCUAAAGUAUUGUAUAGUUUGAAUUUUUUACUUUUAUUUCAAUUUGUAUUAUAGAUAAAAAUCUGUACAAUAAUUUUAGAACGGAAGAAAUACAACAAACAAGAUAAUCAUUUUGAGAUAGAUGGAGUUUAUUGUUAAAGAAAGACUUGCCUCUGUUCAUCAAAAAGAGAAGACUCACAGUUUGGAGUCUUGGUCGUCUUGGAUUAUGCAAAUUAACCCAAAAAGUAAAUUAUCAAAGAAAGGAAGACUUUACCUGAGAAGUUGCUCCGAAUCUGUCAAAUUAAUGAAAAAACUAGCCACCAUUUUGAUGUGGGGAGACAAAUUAAGCAGCUCUAUUGAACCCUUAUAAUCUGUGUCGGGUGCAUUUGAAUUCUUCUUCUUCUCCUCCUCCCCUGCUCCCGGUAGCUUUGAGUGUCAUUCUUUGUUUACACAGAAAAAAAUAUGAAAAAAGAAACAGAAACAAUGUCAGUUAUUCCAGAUGCUGCUGUGAGUUUCCUGCUGGACAAUCUCACCCAAGUACUCAGCUACAACUAUCAUCUAGUUGCAAAUGUUAAGGACAACAUUCUGAAACUCCAACAGGAGCUCAAGACUCUCCAGGGCUUGAUGAAUGAUUUCACCAAGUACGAUCACGACAGCGAGUUCAUCCGGCAAACCGUGAAAGAAAUGAAAGAAGUGAUUCUGGAAGCUGAAGACACUGUUGAUACUUACCUACUUCAGGCCGCCGUGGAUAGUAAAAGGAAUUGGGUGGUUAAAACUUUCUAUAAACUCAAAGAUUAUCCCUUCCUCCUUCGAUCCUCCGGGAAAAAAAUCGAAGAUGUGGGUGUCAAAAUUGGGAAGAUCAUGGAUGAAAAGUUGAAGAGUAGAAUUGAUCUGCUUCAACUUGAGGCCAACAUUAACCUUGAUCGCCGCGGAAAAUCUUCUGAGGUAAACACCACUACAAAACUACUUCGAUUAUCGGUUUUUCUCCUGUGUUUCUAUUAUUGCUUAGUCCAUCUAUAUUCUUUUCUUGUUGCAAUGAUGUGAUUUCUAGUGAUUGGAAGAGUCAAGAGUGAAAUUAUACACUGAUAUAAAUGUGACAGUUCAAUAGGAAAAAAGAGUGAAAAUAUUCACUACUAAUAUAAAUGUGACAGUUCAGUAGAACAAUUUUAGAAUGCUGUAAACUCGGCAGAUAAAAAUCAAUAUUGUACAUCGAAAUUUAAAGUACAAACUCCUCAUUUGAAGUUUCUAGAUAAUGAUGCAUGUACCAUUUAUGGAAGCCAAAUUACAUUGAAGUGUUAGUAUACCAUAUUACUUGUACUAAGGUUUCCCUUCCUAUUGUUGAUUUGGGUUUCAUACGAAAGAUGCCUAAAGUUGAGGAAGAGCAUGUGAUUGGGUUUGAUGGCGCUGCCGAAAGGGUGGUAAGACUUCUAACAGGAGGAGUAGAACAUCUUGAAACUAUUUCGAUAGUUGGGAUGUUAGGACUGGGGAAGACAACCCUUGCCAAGAUGGUGUACAAGGAUCCUGAUGUUGAUUACGAGUACAUGAUUCGGGCGUUUGUCUACAUUUCAAGAGAAUAUGACAAGAAGGAAGUGUUGCUAAAAAUUUUGAAUUCUGUUACCCAGAGUGACAGUGAGGUUACUAAGAUGGAUGAGGCAGAGUUGGAAGAAUAUCUCAAGAAACAAUUAGAGGGAAAACAUUACUUAAUCGUGUUGGACGAUGUUUGGGAGACAAAAGAUUGGGAUAAAUUCAAAGAUGCGUUUCCUUAUAAUGAAAACAAACGGUGUCGAGUCCUCGUAACCACUCGCAAUGAAAGCGUGGCAAGGCAUGCGAACCGAAUCAAUAACGACGCCAUUUAUAAGCUGGAGUUUCUACCAUUGGAAGACAGCCGAAAGUUACUUAGGUGGAGGGUUUUUCAUAAAGAUGAAUGCCCUGAGGAGUUACAAAGCUACGAGGUGGAAAUUGCUAACAAAUGCGCUGGUUUGCCUUUAGCUCUGGUGGUUAUUGCAGGUGUUAUUUUCAAUCAUCCGAAAAGAGCCGAUUGGUGGAAACAUGUGGCCAACAGCGUGAAGGAUUACAUAGUCAUGGAUGCGGCACAAGCCAUCAAGGUGAUAGAAUUGAUGUAUAAGCACUUGCCAAACCACUUGAAACCUUGUUUCCUUUAUCUCGGUGUGUUUCGCGAAGACUUUGAGAUACCUGUGUGGAAAUUAGUGCGUCUGUGGGUAUCUGAAGGGCUCAUACGACAGGCGGAGAGUUUCAACUUGGAAGAUAUUGCAGAGCAAUAUCUGGAAGAGCUUGUUUGUAGAAACUUGGUAAUGGUUGGACAACGGAGGUCAAAUGACAGAAUAAAAACCUGUCAUGUGCAUGAUACGCUCCGCGAGUUCUGCAAGAAAGAAGCAAAGGAAGAGAACUUUUUCCAAGAAAUCAACAAGGAUAACCUGCCUUCCUUUUUAUCUGAAAAUCCGACCAUUGAUCAAUAUCGCCGCCUUUGCAUCAACAAUGUCAAUGUUUCAGAUUACCUUUCUAGAGGACCGCCUCCAGGUAAGUGUGUCCGUUCUUUCUUAGCUUGUCAUAAAGAAGAAACACAAUUGGAAGCAAAACUUAGUUCAUUCAUCCCAAAGGCUUUCAAGCUUCUCAGGGUGUUGGAGGUCCAACCAUUCUUGUUUGAUCGGUCCCCGCCUGACAUGUGUGGCCUUGUUCUUUUGAAGUAUAUAGCCAUUUCCGGCACAUUUUCAAUCCUCCCUCCAGCCAUUUUAAACUUGUGGAAUUUGCAAACUCUCAUAGUAAACACCACUUCUCGCAGCCUACAGAUCAAAGCCGAGGUAUGGAAGAUGCCACAAUUCCGGCAUCUGCAUACCAAUGCAUCAACUAGUUUGCCUUCCCUGGCGACCAAUAGCCGUCAAAAAAGACAGAAAAUAAUGGAUGAUGCUCUAUCAUACAAAAAUGUCCAAACACUAUGCACCAUUUCACCUGAAAGUUGCGAAAAAGAAGUCUUUGAUUGGACUCCCAAACUUAAGAAACUCGGCAUUUAUGGCUCAUUGUCAAGGCUGUUUGAGGUUAGUAGUGCUGAACCGAGUUUAUUUAAGUAUCUGAGCAAGUUGGAAUCUCUUGAAAACUUGAAGCUAAUGAAUGACGACGUGAGCUCUAAGCUCAGCGCUCUUCCUCCAUCUAGAAGCUUUCCGCGGCAAUUAACAAAGAUCACGCUGUUGAAUACACUGCUGGACUGGAAAUAUAUGUCUACAUUAGGGGAGCUUGAUAACCUUGAGGUUCUCAAGCUGAAAGAACAUGCAUUUCAAGGACAAGUGUGGAAAACCGGACGAGGCGGUUUCCUCCGUCUCAAACACUUGCACAUCGGGCGCACUGAUUUGGUGUCAUGGGAAGCUUCAAGGGAUUAUUUUCCGGAACUGAGAAGCCUGGAACUCAACUGUUGCGAUAAGCUUCAGGCUAUUCCGCACGGUUUGGCCGAUAUUCCGUGCCUUCAGUCAGUGAUCCUUCAUUGCACAAACCCACUGGUAGCUUCCUCUGCUAGGAGACUUCAGGUUUUGAGGCUUGAACAAGCUAACAGAGGCAAUCGAAGCAACAAAUUCAAGCUCUCUGUUUAUCCUCCAGAGCAUUCAUCAGGUUGUCCAGUUUGAAGGAAUCAAAUUAAUUGUGAUAUGUGAAGAUCGAUGAUGUUCAUCAUGAGAAUUACUAAGUGGAAUAUAUCUUCCUACAGGACUGACUACUCUGCUUCCAUUUCCUUGUUUCAUUGCAACUACUGAAGCCCUCAAACUUUGAUCAAAUUAGGAAACGGUAAUCCAUUUGAUUCCAAUCCUGGUGGGUUACUUUCUGAUGAUUGAUUUCCAAAAGAUGAAUUUGGUGGACUUGUUUCAUACUCAUUUACAAAUGGUUUGGAUGUGUGUAAUCAAAUUGGCUUAAUCUUAUCCAAUUGGCCGAUUUUAUUAGUUGGUGUAAUUUCCAGGGACCAAAAAUUAGUAUCUAGGUGGCACUUUGAUAUGUUAUAUUGCAAAAUUUUUUGAAUCACUACGUGGUGAAAAAAUAUUAAAAAAUCUUAUAAAAAUGUUCUAAUUUAUGUAAAAUAAUAUUAGAAUUAAAAAUAUUAAACAAAAACACAUAAUACAAAUUUAUCAAAAAAG